GGGGGCCGUCGGGGCUUGUGAAAUGACAGCUCAUCUGCACUCGCGCCGCAGAUCAGCUGGAGAUAAAUCUAUAGAUUUUAUAGCGCACGCGCGCUCACUUACGUUUUCUGCGCUGCAUAGGUUUUCUUUGCUGAUUGGGCGGGCGCGCGUGAGAGAGCAGGAUUCAUGAGCUAUAUAAUCCCAUUGAAAAGGAAGCUCUUGUUUAGCCAAGUAGCAUAGAUCUAGACCACAGUCUGUUUGAUCGUAUAUUCAAAGAAAAGGAAUCUGUAGACUAAAACUAUAGAAUUACCAAAGAAUCAAUUAUACUAAUUUAUUAUACAUAAUCUUACUAUUGAGAAGAACGUUGGAUUCACACAGAGUCAGCCCAGAGAGAUCAGAACUUCAGAAGGGAUUUGAUUUCACAUAGAAUCAUGCAGUAUCCCACACCGGGAGACAACUUCCCCGACUACACUUCAUCAUCUGAUUGGGAAGGCAGGUCAUCGGAUGCUGCUGACACAAGCAACGACAGCUCCUUCAGCUUUGGCAUGGACCUUGAAAACUCUGAUGUGACCUUCAAGAUAACCUCUGAUGACCCUGCCGACCCUGGAGAAGAUGGCACAUGUACAAAGGCUCCACCCAAGAAGCCUAAGCCUCCCAGGCCCCCACCUCCAAGAAAAUCAAAACCGGAUUCGUCAUCAUCGUCCUCAUCGAAGUCGGAAAAGGUGGCCGACCUUGUGGUGCAGAAGGUCCGCUGGUUGUACCGGGAAGAGAAGAAGUGGGUUCCGUUCAUUGGAUAUGACUCGUGCCAGAUGGAAUGGAAGUAUAGGCAGGCUCAGCUACAAGUGAAGGAAGACGAAGAGGGGAUGGAUGUUGACAUUGGGACUGUUGCCGUCAGAGGAGGACUCUACGAAGUGGAUGUAGCCAAAAGGCAAUGUCAUGCUAUCUACUGGUCAGAUGAUACCGUUAAAGUGAUGAGGGGAACCUGGUUCUAUUCCAGCGGUGCAGAGCCCAUUGAAGAAGGAAUGGCGAACGAUAUCGAGAAGGAGCAUCUUGACUUGUUUACCAGAGAUAAUCCUCCGGAGCCUCCUGCUCAACCGACCAAAGGAGCUCAGAAAGCGAUGCACGAGUUAUACUUCAAAGAUUGCCAUGUAGAUUGGUAUUCCAAAGAUGCUGUAUACUUCUACAGUAACUCCACCAGUUCAAGGAUUGCAAGGUCUAUAGGCAACACACUAGGGUUUUCUAAAGCAUCCACCAGUGGGUAUAAGUUAAUGCGGGGAUACCCCACCCCAGCCAGCCUGGACGACAAGCCCCCUCCCAUCUCUCAUCUUGUCUUUGUUGUUCACGGAGUCGGAUAUGUUACGGACAAGAAAGCCAUCAUAAAGAACUGCUCUGACCUAAGAAAAUCAGCCUCCAAGGCCAUUGCAAAACACCUCCCUGACCUUAUCUCCCCUGCCUCAACUCAACGGGUCGAGUUCCUCCCAGUGGAAUGGAGAUCAAGCCUCAAGCUCGACAACGGCAUGGUCUCGGCCAUCACCCCGUACAAGCUUAAAGGUCUUAGGGUGGUGCUCAACAGUACUGGCAUGGAUGUGCUUUACUACUCUAGCCCCCUCUACAGGUCAGAGAUCAUACAGUGCGUUCAGGCCGAGGUGAACAACCUCUACGAGAUGUUCCGGCAGCGCAACGAGGGGUUCGAACCCAACGGCGGAAAGAUCUCCAUUUUCUCUCACUCUCUCGGCAGCGUCAUCAUGUACGACAUCAUCACCGGAUGGAACCCAAUCCAUCUCUACGACCACUACCUGUCGCACGAGCAGAGUCUGCAUCCCGACCUGAGCACCGUGUCUCCCGAUCAACAUGACCUUGUAGCCGAGCUGCACCAAGCUAGGAUAAGGGUAUCUGGUCUGGAGAAGCAGCUACUGGCAACCAAUCAGAUUGCAGCAGCUGUCAAUAGACCAAAGCUGAACUUCAAGGUGGAGAAUUACUUCUGCGUGGGGUCUCCUUUAGCCGUCUUUCUUGCCCUCCGAGGAGUGCGCCCCCAGGGGAACGGAUCAAUCUCUCACAUCAUCCCCAAAGCUGUCUGCAGCAGACUCUUCAACAUCUACUAUCCAUGCGACCCUGUGGCCUACAGACUAGAGCCUCUAAUACUGCGGCACUACAGCACCAUCUGCCCUCUCCAGAUCCACCGCUUCGAGGGCAAGCAGGUGGCCUACCACACCAUCAAGACCACCGCCCUGCCCGUGGCUUUAAAGACCGGUGAGGAGAUGAAGGGCAUCCAGGAAUCGGAUGCGGAGAUGCUGGGAGCGGGGGAAGAGAGGACAUCCCCGGGGUCGUCUACUUCGACCUCACCACAGCAUCUACCAAGGGGAGGAGCAGCAGGAUUCACUGGAAUGAGAGCCUGGUUCUCAAAGACAGCGGAGAAGUCUCCUGAGCUGGAGGCACUGGAAGACAUGGAGAGAGCCAUCCUGAGGAUAGAGAACAUGGCAGAAAGCAAUGAGAAGGUGGAAGAGGACGAAAUGGAAAGUGUGGAAUUGGAGCACAGGGUUGACUACGAGUUGAAAGAGAGUAACCUUGGAAGUUCCUAUCUCUCAGCACUCACCUCUCACACCUCCUACUGGACUGCAGCUGACGUGGGCCUCUUCGUCGUCUCUCAACUCUUUCCAGAGUAUGCCUUUGUGGAGUAGACUGCAUUCAUUACAGAGGGCAAGUCUCCACACUAACUCUUAGGGGGGAUGUUGGAGUCCAGAGUGAAAGUUUGGGGUCCAUGGCGGUGUUUCAUCAAUUGAUUUUAAUCUAUUUGAUGUUCGAUUGUUAAAUCAAUUGGAUUUUAAAUUUAGGGGGCUUAUGGACAUGAAGUCCUUGAUUAUGUUGUAAAAUGUUUGGGUCCAUUUGAGGUAAAAGUGUCUUAAAUCAGUUAAAUCACCAUUAAGAUUUAUUCUAAGGCUUGACACCCCCUCCCUUGUACCGAUGUGGUGUUAGUGUUUAGCAAUGCGGUAAGCCGGAUAUGUAACUUUCACCAGUCUAGAAGUGUAUCUUAGGGCUCAUUUUCUUGUACCUAUAAUUUCAUAGGUAUGCUACCUAUAUGCAGAAAUGUUUCGUUAUACAAAUUGUAUGUGUUAUUAAAAAUAUUGUUGAUUCUGGUCCUCUUAUAUGUUCAGUACCAUAAAGCAAUUUCUAAUUUUCGUUCACAUUCACAUUGCAGAAUAUACAAGUGACUCAUUAUUUGCUUUUUUACUUUAAAAAAGAAAAUAAUUAGAAUGUCACAGAUGACUUGAUCUGUUGCCCAUUGUUGUGUUAUGUAAUACAUCUACCUAUUUCUACCAACUAUUGAAUUACAUAACAUUGUAUGAAAUUGACAAGAGGCCUGAUGUGAAUUUAUAGUUGAAUGUAAGAAAGAUAUUGAAAUGACAUCCUUAUCAAGAGGACUGAUCUUAUCAUUAUUAUGAAGUUCAAAAUAUGUCUGUAUCAAUAUAUAUUAAUAUAUUUACGUUAUUUCAAAGAUAUUAUGAAAUUAUUUAUGACUUGCAAACUCAUUUGUGGAAUAUGUUGAACAUGUUACAUUCAAUCUUCAUAUAGAUGAUUUAAGAAUCUAAUUCUUUCACUGCUUCUUAACUUAUAUUUGUUGUUCAAAGAAAAGGCUUUAUAUGUAUGCCAAAGUUUGCUUGCCUUUGAUUUACACACCUCUUCAUUUGAUAAACGUGUAUCCAGCUUUAAAUUUGCAAUUUGUUGAUGAAGGCUUAUAUCAAAGUACUCAUACGCUGUUAAUUUACACUUAAUGUAUAUAAUGUUAUGUAAAAUAUGAACAAUUAUGAGUGACUGAGAUUAACAUGCACACUUGAUAUAAAUAUCUUCAAUUUUUAAAUAUUAAAGAUUAUUCCUUGAAAUGCAGUGUGCGUGGAUAAUGGUUGAUGGAGCUAAAGCUGGCUUCAGGUCUUCAGGAUGGUAAACGUGUAAUUCGAUGGCUAUUUCGAGGAAAAAGUGAUGUUCUGUCAUAUGAUAUGUACCAUACACAUGUCACAAACAUCUAUAUUUCUAAUUUAAACAGUAUUGUGUUUAUUUCAGGUUAUAUUACCGGUAUGUAAUUUAUGUAUUAAAGCGCACUGAUAUGUCUUAGGACAGGGAUUGGGCUAUAUAAGUGGUACGUUUAUUAUUAUUAUUAAACAGAAUAUUGUUAUUAAGUUCUUCUACAAUUAUUUACAGCUGGCUUGUAAGACAUUUAGAAGACAAAAAAAUCUUGAUCUUAAGUAUAUUUAUUGUAUGAUGAUAUUUACAGAUUAUUUAUUAUAUAUCUUUUGAAGCCAAUGAUAAAGGUUGCUUGUAUCAGUAUUGUAUUUUUUUCCUUCACGGAAUUACUGCCUCUGAAUAUUCAAGACAUGCAUUCCUACUUAUAAUUUAUUGAUAUUUAUGUUAUGAAAGAUAUUAUGUGAAUAUGUGUUCUUGCAAAGGUAUUUCAUAUUUGUAGUAUGACAUAUAUCAAUAUAAGUUUAAAGAUUGUGUGUAGUGGUAGAAUUUAUGCAAAGUACAUUUGGGGGGGGGGGAAUAAUUGGAGUAUACAACCAUAUGUGCCAUUGGUAUUUGAAUGUAAUUCAGUCUUAAUAGUGUAAUAACGUCUUUAUAUUUUCAUCCAUUUCCCUACUCAUUUCGCCUUCCUGUAUUCCAUUUCAUUUACAUUCUUCUCUUCUUUCAAAAUGAAUGCUACAUGUACUGGUACCUUGCAUAUUGUCCGCUCGUCGGUGUUCUAGUAUCUUAUUUUGUGAUUAGCCAGGGGUGAUAGUGAGCACUAAAAAAAAUAGGUUUUUUGUUUUCGCCUCAACCACGCCCCCCUUGAGUAAAAAAAAAGAAGAGGAUUCGCGAGCAAAAAAUUGCAUCUAAUAACA